AUGUUUAUCCCGCUAACUCCCUCCCGAAUCACAGCAAGCUACCUGAAAGAUCUCCGGAUGAAUCGACCAGCUCGUCCGACUGGCUCGCGCCCAUUACCAGGGAAAACUUCCCCUUCAGAUCUCCAGGAUAACCUUCCUCCGCGCGCGGCCUCCGCGUUCUCCAUGUAUCGGCAGACCGACGCAGGCGAGGACGAGCCUCGCUCCAGCAGCUCCUUGGCUUCUCGCCGCACCUCGACCAACCGCCCCAACUCGAUUGCCUUUGACCCGCCGCGCUCAGUCUCCGGGCGCAGCAAGAUCUUUCCUGCCGAGGUGUUUUCUCGCACACUUCCGGACUCCUCGAUCCCCUAUUAUCAGGAAAACCAGCAGCGACGCCAGGAGAGAGAAGAGGCACGGUCCCUUCGGGAUGCCCUGCAGCAAGUGGACCUUCAGGAUGAGGGAAGUCUGUUCCAAGCGGCGCAGGAUGAAGCUGCGGAGCUGGUGUGGGCGCACCAGAACCCUGGCGUGCCAUAUAAAGACCCCCAUGGCCCUUACCGCAACCCGGAUAACACCAAGCGAUAUUCGGGUCGGAUUUCGAGUAUAAAAGGCCCACGGAGCGCUGCAUCCUCUACCAGAAUUCCAAGUGGAUCAUCCGGCGGCAGCUCUUCCAGUCCAGAUAGUCAGAAAUUCUCGAGCUCCUGGCGUUCGUCUCUCUCCAAGGACAAGAGCUACGGGCCUUUGAAGAAGAAUUCUAAAGUCAACUUUGAAUUGCCUGCAGAGGAGACCGACGGAUCGAAAACAAGAAAUAUUAGCAGUGGUUCUUCCAAGGGGAUCUUCAGAAACCCAAAUGAUCAAAUAUAUGAGGAGCCUCGUGAUCCUCGCAACCCGGAACAAAAUGGCCAAGCCAGCUUAUUCGGGUCCGACUCGUCCGCUCUGAAGUCAAAGCCGCGCAAUUCCCUCCCAAGAAUGGGCAAACCUCUUCCUUGGCUGCGGGAUAGAAGCUCCAACAAUGACCGCCCCAUACUAGACAAGAUCGCCCGUUUUGACAGCCACAAGAACCCUCCUAGCCAGUCUCAGAACCCCGCCUAUACGAAAAACGAUACCCUGCCCAAGCAGCCUCCCAGCACUCAGGAGGAGACCGCACCUACAAAGGGAGGAAUGGAGAUCCGCAGCGACGACAUCCGCGCAGCCACCAGUAAGAAGUUCAAAGACCGAAGUGACAACUUGCCCAAGCCUUCCGCGGUCAGUGAUCGAGCCGGCCGGCCCAUUGUCAGCUUUGAUCCUAAAUGGCAGCCGAUUAUCAAUGUCCCGGACAUCCAAGAACCGACUAUCUCCGAGAUUUCAGAGCCUUCUCGCCAAGAGAUUCAGUCCGCAGCUAGGAGCAGUCAGAGCCAACAGCCAGCCCCAAAGAAGCAAACUUCCAACUCGCGCGGCCAAUGGUACUCACCAUACACGCGGAGCGGUGUCCCUACGGCGUGCUGCGAGUCCUGUUCGCUUGGAAUCUCUGGAAGGAUUGUAACCGCUGGAGGCUCGCGUUUCCAUCCAGAAUGCUUCACCUGUUUCCACUGCCAGACGGCGCUCGAAUGCGUGGCUUUCUACGAGGAACCCGAAUCCAGUCGUGCGGAACGACUGGCAAAUGCACAACCACAUGACGAAGAGGCCCACGUCCCGCGGUUCUACUGCCACCUCGACUUCCAUGAACUCUACAGCCCCCGCUGUAAGAGUUGCAAGACCCCAAUUGAAGGCGAGGUGGUGGUUGCCUGUGGUGCCGAAUGGCAUGUCGGCCAUUUCUUCUGCGCCGAGUGCGGUGAUCCCUUCAACCCACAGACCCCGUUUGUGGAGAAGGACGGUUUUGCAUGGUGUCUCAACUGCCAUUCCCACCGCACGGCACCGCGCUGCCAGGGCUGUAAACAGAAUGUGCUGGACGAGGUCGUCAUUUCUGCCAUUGGCGGACAGUGGCACGAACGGUGUUUCGUUUGCCAUGAAUGUGGCGAUGGGUUUGGGCCUGAGGGACGCUUCUUCGUUCGCGAGGGCGAGCCUAGGCGGACAGCGAAGGGGCGCAUUAUCGGUGGCCCGGUGCAAUUGGCCAUCUGUGAGAACUGCGAAGGCAUUCGCCUCAAAGCUCCUGGGAUGUGUUAG